AUGGCUGCUACCGCCGGUGCUGUCCUAAAUGGGCUGGGGUCUUCUUUCUUGCGUGGAGGGAAGAGGAGCCAAGCAUUGUUGGGAAUUGGAGCUAGUAGAAUUGCAACUUAUCCAGUUGGUACAAGGAAGUUGGUGGUGGCAGCUGCUGCUGCUCCAAAAAAGUCAUGGAUCCCUGGUGUUAGAGGUGGCGGCAACUUCAUUGACCCUGAGUGGCUCGAUGGCUCGCUACCAGGUGACUACGGUUUCGACCCGCUAGGUUUAGGCAAGGACCCAGCAUUCCUCAAAUGGUACAGAGAAGCUGAACUCAUUCAUGGCCGGUGGGCUAUGGCUGCUGUGGUGGGCAUCUUUGUUGGCCAAGCCUGGAGCGGCGUCCCUUGGUUCGAGGCCGGUGCUGACCCAGGUGCCAUCGCACCUUUCUCCUUCGGUUCCCUCCUCGGCACGCAGCUCCUCCUCAUGGGUUGGGUGGAGAGCAAGCGGUGGGUGGAUUUCUUCAACCCCGAGUCCCAAUCUGUGGAAUGGGCAACACCAUGGUCUAAAACCGCGGAGAAUUUUGCUAAUGCCACCGGUGACCAGGGUUAUCCCGGCGGCAAGUUCUUUGACCCAUUGGGAUUGGCAGGGACUCUCAGGGAUGGUGUGUACAUUCCUGACGUGGAGAAGCUUGAGAGACUCAAACUUGCUGAGAUUAAGCACGCCAGGCUUGCCAUGGUUGCCAUGUUGAUCUUUUACUUCGAGGCUGGCCAAGGCAAGACUCCUCUUGGUGCUCUUGGAUUGUAA